CGACAAUCAGCUUCAGACGUUAGAUUCAGAAUGAGUGAAGACCAAGAACUCUUAGCCAGGAUCGGCCGCCUUGCUGGGCAAAUCAACCAGCACAAGAGUCAACUUACGCCUCUCUCACGCGGCGGUUACGCUAACGCCCCAUCGCAUACCAGCUAUGGUAGCAUUCACAGGCCUCAUCCUGGCUGGGCGCCUUAUCGUGGACGUGGCCGGCCUCCUUCAAGACGCGCUGCUGGACCCCAUCGCCACCGAACUCUCGUCCUCAAUAACGGGACACCCAACCCCGACACUGCGGAUAGCAGCUCAUCUACCACUGUACCUGGCGACAUGAAUGUCGAAGCAAAACCGCCACAGCAAACUGGGUGGGUAGCGAAACGCGAUCGUCACAUGCAACUUAUCAAUACCGCAAUCUACGACCAGGAAGCCCAAGCGAGAACGAAAGCUAUUGAAGAGACCCGCAAGCUAAAGGCACAGAAAAAAGCGGAGCUGGAAAAAGCGAAAGUCUUAAGAUUUGCGCAGCAUAUUGUUGCUCCGACUGCAGAAGCCGCCGCUGCUGGUGUACGUCCGGAUUCAUACAAGAUCGUCAUACAAGAAAUCCCCUUCCAAGUUAUUAAAGGAGGGAGCAAGUUAAUCCGAUUAUCAAAUGACCCCACAGCCGCAAAUGCGACUCCGAAAAAAGUAAACGUUGGUGGCGUGACAUUUGUCAGAAGCAAGAACGGGAACCUACAUCGGUUAGGGGCCGUGGUUUCAAAGAAGAAAACCGGGGCUGUUAGGAAAAAGGAUGAACUCUGCAAGAGAUUUACUGCGACGGGUUCCUGCUAUAAGGGGCCUAAGUGCUCAUAUAUUCACGAUCCGAAUAAGGUUGCCAUCUGCAAGGAAUUUCUUCAAACAGGUAAAUGCAGUGCAGGACCAUCGUGUGAUCUUUCGCAUGAGCCAUCACCAGAGAGAUCUCCUGCCUGCGUCCACUUCAUUCGUGGCCGCUGUUCUAACCCCGCAUGUCGAUAUGCGCACAUCCGAGUGACACCAGGAGCGCCAGUGUGUCGGGAUUUUGCUAUCCUGGGAUACUGCGGCAAAGGUGACCAGUGUCAGGACCGCCAUGUUAUAGAGUGUCCAGACUAUGCGAACAUGGGCAAGUGUGCCAAGCAAAAAUGCCCGUUACCGCACAUUGACCGAGCGGGCCAAAUCCGCAAACUCGCCGCUAAUAAGGCAGAUAACAACACCCACGCUACGGAAAAUCCAGGAGAAUAUGCGGACGAUGUAUCUAGUGAAGAGGAGGCAUACGACGAGAUUGAUUCUGAUGAUGUUGAUUCUGAUGAGCUUGAUGACGACGAACCCGAAGUGAUCAUCCCUGGUGCACAUGCAGGAGAAGAGGGCCAGAUUUUCUCUACCAUAGAGCUGGAUCUCUGUACCUUUCCAGGGUGCAACAUGGCCGACAACUGUUCCAGGAUACCCAUACUCAAAGUUAUCCCAGGCGUUGGGAAUAGCUAAAAUUCAACAUCCCAGACAAAAAGCACGAAUUCUUCAUUUGAACCCCAUCGGUGAAAUAUCAUAUCACUCCCUAUCUACCACAUGUACUAUCGUUGCGAUGGUGCAUUUUCCCUGCUUUUCUUUUCCACGACAGCAUUCAGAUUGCAUGGUAUUGUCUUACCUCUCUCGCUGUGAUUCCCCUGGGAACUGCUUUGCUAGAUUUUCGGGAGAGGGGUUUAUUUCCCUUUACAUAUGCUGCACAGCCAUUAGUGGUUUCUUUUUUCUACAUUGGAGCAGGCGUUUUGUGGUAUCCUAUCCAUUCGUGGCUCAGUAUUCAUUAUCAUGAUAUAUAUAUUUUGGAGAAGCAGAAUUUUGUUCUCAUCUAUUACGCGAAAGAGAAUAAUGGACAAG